AUGGAAAAUGUCAAUGAUGAAGUUGUUUGGUAUGAAAACAAUGAAGCUCAAAAUCUGGAAUGGAUGAACAAAUGUGAAAGGAUGGAAACUUUGUAUCAGGAGCAAAUAGCGGAGAAGCAUCUAGCGCAAAACAGGAGAAGUAAAAAUGGCUAUGAAAAUCCAGAACUCAAAUCUGAGUGUACCAAAUUAUCGGGAUAUGAGGAUGAUAUUAGAAUAAACAUUGUGGAAGAUGAGACAAAUGCAUCAGUAGAUAGUAAGUUGAGAGCUUGUGAUGACUUGAAAGUUGCUGUUCCUCUGCUUUUAAGGAGAGAUAUUUCAAUUUUUGAGACAAUUGAAUCUGAACGAAUGAUGCAAAUGAAACAAUGUGAGUAUGCGGAAACUAAAUAUCAUGAGUUGAACAUUCUGAUGCAUUCUGGGAAUAAAACUGUAGAAGAUAAUGUUUUUGAAGAUGAGAAAAAUAUGUCUCCUGAUGAAGAACCAAAAAUAUUAGUGACAUGUCGGGAAACGUCUCAAAAUGACGAAGAAUCACCAGAAAUAAUGUGCAGUUUAGAUGAAAUUCAUUUAAAGGGUAGACCCGACUUAUCACAUGUCUCUGAGUUAUCGGAGGACGUGGUCAUUGGUUGUGAGGGAGAUACAACUCCCACAAUGCACAGUGAAUCGGAAAAUAAUUUUGGUGAUGCUGGGAAUCAAAGAACUCCUUCCAUAUACCGCAGUCUUCAGAAUGCCACACCUGAGGUAUUAUUUUAUGAGAAACAGGAAGCUGUCAGUAUGGAUCUCUUGAAAAGAUGUGAAGCAGCAGAAAAUAGAUUUGUACAAUGUAAAUAUAUACUAGAUGAGAAGGAGGAAAAGGAUGAGAAUGAACAUAAGAUGAGAAGAGGGCUAAAUACUAUGGAAUGUCAAAACAUUUUUGGUUUCCCCUAUGAGAACCCCAAAAAGGAGAACACUGAUGAAAAUAUAUAUGUUGCUGUGGCAACCAGUGAUGAUGGAAUUGGGCAACCAGAUUCCCAGAUACACCAUUGUGUUACAAAUGGAGAGGAUGAAAGCAAAAGUGUUGAGAGUUUAGUGGAUGCAAUUACCAUGGCAACACAUGUUGUUGACGUGUUGGCUCCAAUUGAUAAGGGGACGGAUGAUGCUCCCAAAGAUGAUGGUGAAAUAUCCAUAGAGAAGAAUCCGGAAAUUGUUGACAAUUCAGAUUUGAUAAAAAAAUCUAAUGCUGUAAUAGUCUACUCAGCAAAACCAAUCAAGGAGGAUUCCGGAAUUCAGACUGACAUGGUUGAGAUGAGAAGUGAAGGUACAAGUAUUUCAGAACUAACCAAGAGCUACUCGGACCAACAAACUCAAAGUGAUGGUAUUUAUGUUGAAUGUUGUACUUGUCAUCAGUUCUCAACACCUGCACAUGUCAAGCUCGGGAUGCAGUUGAAACAAGAGCAGAGUCAACGAAUUGCUAUGGAACAACUACUAUCCAUAGUGGAGUCCGAAUCAAUGAAUUUACGAGGUCAGUUGUUGACUGAGAGAGCUGCAAUUGCAAAAAUUCAAACUGAAAUUAUAGAUUAUAAGGCAGAGAUCAACCACUCUAGAAGACAAUCAUCUGAAUACAAGAUGCGAGCAGAGGAAUUAGAGCAGAGUCUACUAGGAGCAAGGCAAAUGAUUCUGAAGCUAGAAGAGCAAGUUGAGAAUACCAAUUAUUUCAAAAGUGGUGUGGACUACAUGUUGGAAGCAAAGCUAGCUAAUGCAAGAUCUGCUGAAUCGCAGAAGAAAUUAGAGGUUUUACAAACAGAAUUACUGAACUCACAAGGGGAGGUCAAUCAACUUUUAGACAAACUUGCCAAUGUGAAUCGUGAAAAAGCAGAGAUGGUAUCCAGCAAAAUUCACAAUGAGUUACUGCAAAUAGCGGAUCAGAGAGCCAGAGAGGCAGAGAUGAAAUCACAGAUGCUGCAACAUGAGUUAACUCAACUCCAGCAAAAACUGCAGGCAUUACCACAAAAGUCAGUCACAUUUUCUGACACUUUUAAAUUUGUGGACCCUAUGUCAAAGCCUGAGACUCCUGUAACAAUAAGGACUAAACCAAAGGAAUCCACUUUUGAAUACAAAUUUUAUGACACAGGAAGCAUGUUGAAAUCUCUGCAAAUUACCAAGAAUAGAGACAAAGUCAGAGAUGCUGGGGAUGUGUUACCUGAGCUGACAUCUCUUGAUGUGGAUUGUGUUGGUAAAACAUCAAAUGAGGAGCAGUUCAUAGAGGACCCGCUGAUGAAGACGGAUGCCAGUGACAAUGACAGUGAUUGGUCAUCCAGUGAUGAUGAGAAAAUAACUGUUGCUAAGAAACCAUCAUCAUUCACUAUUAAACCACCAGCAUUCAUUGCCAAACCAGUCAGCACAAGUGCAAAAAAUUCAACAAAGACUCCACCAGUUUUGCCUAAACUGAAAAAACCACCACUGGCACCAAAACCAAAACCCACUGUGGGGCCCAAGCCUUUCAUGACCUUGGCAGGUGCAGGCUAUCACCUAAAGUCUGAAUUUGAAAAAGGAGUAUCAUUUGAACAGGAAGCCAAAAAUCCCACAUUGUCAUCACAUCGACGCCCUCGUGGCCCCCGUGGUAGAAGUAUACCGUCUAAGUACCAAAAGAAAUGUACGAGUUGA